AUGAGAUCAAUGUUGCAACACCAUUUGCGUCCUGAUGGCACAAUCUCUUUCCCGGAUUUCUUGAAAGUUGUGAACUUUUUGAAGGAACUUGAGAAGGACAAGGUGGGAAAGAUCAUCGACGAUCACACUGACCAGAACUGUUGCAUUCCUGCCAGAGAGGUUUGUACGUUCUUUCGAGUGUGCGGCUUCAUUUCCAAGGUACAAGCAGAAAGGAUGGAGGUCCAAGAGCUAGUUGAUCAAGGCGAUGGUCAGGGUAGCAAGUAUCUUGGCCGAGCACCAAUCAUUGAUAUCUGGAUACGACUUCAUGCUCUCCUCAAGGAGACAGCAGUAGAACGAGAGCGCCAGUAUGUUUUGACAAAUGGCGGAUGGACUGAGUACGACUACAUUGACUUCAAAAAAGCAUUCCACCGAUUUGACGAGGAUAUGUCUGACAUGUUGGAGCGAGAUGAGCUUGUUCAGGCAAUGGAUUUGUUACGGGGAAACGUUUGGAGAGCCCAGUCCAGCGUAAACAUGAUGCUGUCUGCUUGUGGCGUAGACAGUGAGAGAGAUGUCAAGGUCAACUUCAUGUCCUUCCUCCGCCUGCUGAAGCUCAUCGAUGAGGUCGAGACGCGCCACAACCUAGGCAUAACUAUGGGAUACUCACCUGAGAGAACUGAUCGUCUCUACAGUGGUUUCCAGGCGCUGGAUCAAGAAGGCCAUGGCUCGGUGCAAAAAGCGACCCUAGCAAAUGCAAUGAGAAAAGCCACAGCAAAAUGGUGUAGUCAGACCCAGCUGAGUGAAGCUCUCUUCCCCUUGGGUUCCAAUUCUGCACCGGUCAACUUCCAGGGCUUCCUGAAGGUUGUGAAAGCACUUGAAAAUGUCGUAGAGGGCGAUUGGGAAGAAUGUCUAGACGACAUUUGCGCCUGGGAGAACAGCCUUGGGCUAGACGAGGAAGAAGGCAAUGUGGAGGAACACCUGGAGGCGCAAACACCAACCUCCACACCAUCGAUGAAACUCAACCGGAUGUCGAGUGCAGUUGCAGGCAAGAUGUCGCUCUUCACCUGA